AGCAGUUUAUCCCAUUGCAGUAAAAUGGGAUCGAAACAGAUUGCACAGGAAACAUUUGAUGAUGCAGUGCAAGAAAACAUCACAGAAUUUGAAAUGGAUCCAGAAGAGGCUGUGAGAGAAGCUGUGCAGCAGUUUGAGUCCCAGGGUGUUGACCUAAGCAAUAUUGUGAAAGCUGUGCGGCAGCCUGCCUCUGAAAAUGGUCAAAAGCAAAAGCAUGAAAUUUUGCUGACUUUAGAUUCCCUUGGGAGAGCUGUUGCUGAUUCUGAUCUCUCUGGGAUGGCCGAGCAGCUAGUGGUCUUCACUGAUCAGUGCAAAGAACAGCUGGCUUUCCGCUACCUGGCUGGGCAGAAUGGUGCCUAUCCUGUGGUAUUCUCUGCCUGCCAGUUGGCUUCAGGAGACAGAAAUUUGAUGCUGAAAGCCUUUUAUACUCUGUCUGCCAUCUUGGACGGGCAGCCAGACCUACUUGACUCCGCUGGCCAGGAUCUACUGCUACAAACUCUGAAAGAAUGUAGGGAGGAUGCGGAAAUGACGCUGGCUGGGAUCCGAUGCAUUCGGCAUGCCUGUCUGAAACACGAGCAGAAUCGUCAGGACUUUGUGAAAGGUGGGGUUCUCCCACUUCUGACUGGAGCUAUAGUCCAGCACGGAGACAGUGCCGAUGUCGUCCGAACAGCCUCCUCGGCGCUCAGGAUCAUGACGUUUGAUGAUGACAUCCGCGUGCCCUUUGGUCAUGCUCAUGAUCACGCCAAAAUGAUUGUGUUGGAAAAUGAUGGGUUAAGAGUCCUCAUUGAAGCUGCAAAAGCAUUCACAGAUAAUUCCAGUGUUCUCAGUGAACUCUGUGCCACCCUUUCUCGCCUGUCUGUCAGGAAUGAAUUCUGUCAAGAGAUUGUGGACCUUGGUGGCUUAAAUUUUAUGGUGGCUCUCCUGGCUGACUGCAUUGACCAUCCGGACGUGGUGAAGCAGGUGCUGAGCGCCAUCCGAGCGGUUGCGGGUAAUGACGACGUGAAGGAUGCCAUCGUUAAUGCUGGGGGAACGGACCUCAUUGUGCUCGCUAUAAGCCAUCACCUUGCCAACCCUCAGAUCUGUGAGCAAGGUUGUGCAGCCUUGUGUAUGUUGGCUCUGCGCAAACCUGAGAACUGUAAUGUCAUCAUGGAAGGCGGAGGGGCGUUGGCAGCUCUUCAGGCUAUGAAAGCACAUCCACGAGAAGUGGCCGUACAGAAACAGGCUUGCAUGCUGAUCCGCAACUUGGUCUCCCGGAGCCGGGACUUUUCUCAGCCCAUCUUGGAGAUGGGAGCCGAGAACCUAAUAACAGAAGCUCGUGCAACACACAGGGACUGCGAUGACGUGGCCAAAGCUGCGCUGAGGGAUCUCGGCUGCAAAGUGGAGCUCCGAGAGCUGUGGACAGGUCAGAAGGGAAGCCUAGCUCAGUGAAUCAUCGCUCCGCUGAGCAGUGGAGCUUCAAGACAUCUAUAUACAUGAAAUCUAAGGGGGGAAACAAAGUGGCAUGGAUUAAUUUGCAAUUACAUUGACCUGGAAUAUCUGAAGCAAAUGCCUGGCUUGUGAGGCUGCAGUGAACUUUUUAUUGGGAGCUACAGCUGAAAUGGCUUUAUGCAUUCACAGGCUGCAAAUCAACUCUGUGUAGUAAUCAUUCCCCGAAUCAUCUAAUGCCUGAAGAUGAUCUGCUCCCCCCUGUUGUUAUGUAUGUUCCUUGUGUGCAGAAUGGGGCUGCUCCCACAUGCUCUGCUCUGUACAGCAAGAGCAAAAGUGGAUCUUUUCUGGUAGGAGUUUGGUACGUACCGUGGCAGCUGGUUCUGAUUUGUUCUUCUGCUCUCUGCCGAUGGAGGCUUGCAGCCUGAUCUGGUAACGGGAUGGAUGAGGAGGAAUCCCAUCAUUUGUGAAUGUGCUCUGUCCUGUUGUACUGUUCUACUAACUGUUAUUUUAUUGCUGACCGUAUUCUGUGUUGCUUCUUUGUUUUGGAUUUUCAGCCAAGAUAACAUUUUAAACAAAAGCAA